AUGUUAUUUUUUACUUUAUUGAUAGCAUCUGUCUUUGCUAUACGUGGUGUUGAUAUGUCCACUUUAACUUCUGUUUCAUCUUUCCAAUGCUUUGUAAACAAUGGUUACACUUUCGCUAUUCCAAGAUGUUGGAGAUCAACUGGAAGUUGGGAUCCAUACUGUGCCAACAAUUGUGCUAAUGCCCAUGCUGGUGGAAUGAGUAGAGUAGAUGCUUAUUUCUUCCCAUGUUAUUCAUGUGGUAACGCUGCUGGACAAGUCAAUUCUUUUUGGCAAAAAGUUGUUUCUAAUCAAUUAAAAAUCACUACUGUCUGGUUUGAUAUUGAAGGAACUUGGUCAUCAUCUUAUACUGCUAACCAACAAUUUUUCAUGGAAAUGAUGAAUCAAGCUAGAGCCAUUGGUAUUGUUCACGGUGUUUAUGUCUCUCAACACUAUUGGAAUUCAUUCUUUGGUAGUUCAUAUAUUUACCCAUACGCUAGUUCAACUCCAUUGUGGUAUCCACACUAUGAUCAUAACCCUUCAUUCUCUGAUUUCUCUUCAUUUGGUGGAUGGUCUACUCCAGCAAUUAAACAAUAUCAAGGAACUACCUCAAUGUGUUCUGCUUCUGUUGAUCUUUCUUAUCAACCAUAA